AUGGCGACGAGGACGUCGGAUCCUAGUCAUGAACGCGUCGACAGUAUCUGGAAAUUCAUCGAACCCCAACUCCAGCCCAGUGCCACCCCGGUUACUGUCAAUAACGCCUCCUUCUCCUACCGGACCUACCUCACCUACUUGAUCCAACGCGCCCAGGACCUCGACCGGGCUGCCGAGCUGAUCGACAAGAUGACGAUUCGUGACAUCUCUCCAGAACUCGAGCGUUAUCAAAAGACGGCACACGCGGUCAUCCGACGACUCAUCCAUCACGGAUAUCUUACCGAGGUACAGAAGCUCCUGAGCCAGAAGGAUGCGACCCUGGCAAAGGCUAUCUCCCCAACAGCAUGGGGUGAUCUGAUGGAUGCUUAUGUCGCGAGAGGGGAGCAUCAGAAGGCGAGAUGGACCUAUAACGAUAUGAUCCGCUAUGAAGUCCAGCCGAGUACGAAAUGCAAAAAGAUGUUCUCGGAUUUGCAAUUGAUGGGCGGCACCACCGAUCGUGGCGGACCUGAAGUCGCAGGCGCGGGAACAGGAGUGGAAGCAAGAGCAGCGGCGAGUAGGGAAGAAGCAAACAUCUUGAGCAUCCUGUUCAAUCGGCAGCCCAAACCAACCCUAUCGUGA